UACGGUCGUACCAUAAGCAACAGAUUUCGACGCGAAAGCGUGGACUCGAAAACUCCAACGCAAGAAAUUCAUUUCAAUAUAAUUUUCGGCAGAAGUGGCAACUCAUUUACAAUUAAUGGGGCUACUAAUUAAUUUAAAUAAAUAAAUGUUAUUAAAUAAUAUAUAUAAAUAUUAAUUAAAAACAAUAAAAUACUAGAGAGUAAUAAAAAAAUAAGUAAUAAAAAACAAAUUCCGUCAUUUAAUGUUUUUUUAAUACAUAAAAUUUCUAAAAAUGGCGGAAGGUAAAAAAUUUAAAAACUGUACUGUUGUGUUUGAUAGAAAUGAAUUCGGCACUUACUUCACCGGCCAAAUUGUGACUGGGAAAGUAAUAAUUACGCUGGAGAAAUCUAAAAAACUAAAAGGCAUUAAAUUACAAAUUUGCGGAUUUGCUGCUUGUCAAUGGCGCGAAAAAUUUGGACAAAAGACAGCUGUACAGAAAAUAAGUCCAAAGGUGAAGAAUAUAUAUUUUGGCCGCGAAGAUUAUGUUGCAUCAACAACAUUUCUGGUUGGCUCAAAUAAUGGUAGCAACUUCACCAUGGAUGCCGGCACUUACACCUAUACCUUCUCCUGUCCCAUACCAGUAAAUUGCCCAUCAUCUUUUGAAGGCAGCUACGGACACAUACGCUACCUGGCCAAAGUAACCUUCAUACGAAAUGGCGCUGCCGAUCGAGUACACAAUGUAGGCUUUACAGUGCUCAAGCUUUUAGAUCUGAACCAGGAGAGCAAAUUACUUAAGUCUCCCGCCACCAACGAUACAAUCGAGAACGUUUGCUUCUUCUUAUCUAAGGCAGUACAUCUGAAAGUUGACCUCCAACAGACGGGCUAUGUGCCCGGCCAAUUUGUAUUGGUCAGUGCCGAUGUGAACAAUCAGUCCUCAGUGGAUUGUAAAAAGCUGAUUAUAACAUUGAAUUUACGCGCCACAUACAAUUCAGAUACGCCAGGACUACACUCAGUUUCAGAGAAAAUUUGUCUUGCUAAGAAAAUCUGUGGCCAUGUACCGCGUUGUAGCCGCAAAGCUUUCGCAGAAACGAUACGCGUGCCAGCAACCGCGCCAACUUGUGAGCAUGUCAGCAAAGUUGUACGGGUCUCCUAUGAAUUAUGUGUCGAGGCAGCGAUGAGUUCAAUAAUGCGCAAUCCGAAGACCGUAAUACCGUUAACAAUUGGAAAUGUGCCCUUAACGACAAGUGAUAUGAUUGAGGAUCAGUGGUUGGAGGAGAGUGAAGAAGAGGAAGCGCCGACCACAUCGUCAGCAGCCGCUCUAUCGGCCACCGAUUUGGAAAAUGGAAAUAGAGCAGCUGGAGGAGUGAGUGAGGAGGAGAUGAGUGAUGGCGAAAUGGAGUUGCCUCCACCUACCUACGAGGAAGCAAUGUUUAUGAGCACGAAUAUUGCCGACAAUGAUGCCAACACAGUGAGUGUAGAUGCGCCAUUUACACCUCGUUAUCCUGUCUUCAAUGUGGACGAACCUAACUUCACCUACAAUGGCAUGGGCUUGAGUCCACCACCUAAUUUGCCACCAAAACGAAGGCGUCGCAAGAGACGACAUCGAGCAGCCGCAGCACCUACAGCGGAGUUUGUCAAAGAGUUGCAGCCAACUGAAUCGCCAAUACAAAUAUGAAAAUAAUUGUGUAUAUUACAAAAACAAAAACAAAGAAAAAGUCAAAGUGCAAUAUUUUACCAAUUUUCUGUUUUAUUUCUAGUUAAUGCUACAAUUGUUAUUAAU